AGUUGUAUAACCUUACCUUUUUGAUGAAUGACCGCAUUGCAGUGAAUACUUGCAUCACCCUAAACAAGAGGCAAUUAAAACAAACAUGGUAUUAGAUUUAGAUUUAUUUCGAACGGAUAAAGGAGGAAAUCCUGAAAAAGUUAGGGAUAAUCAAAAGAAGCGAUAUAAAGAUGUAGCUUUAGUAGAUACCGUGAUUGAAAAGGAUGCCUUAUGGAGACAGUUAAGGCAUAAAGCAGACAACUGGAAUAAGUUAAAGAAUUUGUGUAGUAAAGUGAUUGGCGAGAAAAUGAAGAGAAAAGAAAAUCAAGGGGAUCCAAAUGAUGAUGUACCUGAGAAUGUUAAAUCGAUAUUGGAGACUUUAACAGCAGAUGCUUUGCAGAAACUUACUGUUAAUCAAAUAAAAAAGGUUCGGACUUUAAUUGAUGAUGCAAUUGUUCAAAAUGAAAGUGACCUCUUAAUGACUGAGAAAGAAAGAAAUGCCGCACUUAGAGAGGUGGGAAACCAUCUGCAUGAAUCAGUACCAGUAGAUGAUGAUGAAGAUCAUAACAAAGUUGAGAGAACCUUUGGAAACUGCGAAGAAAGAAAAAAAUACUCUCAUGUAGAUUUAAUCCAUAUGAUUGAUGGAAUGGAUAGUGAAAGAGGCGCCGUUGUGUCUGGAGGAAGGGGUUAUUAUAUGAAAGGACCUGCAGUAUUUUUAGAAUUCGCAUUGAUUCAAUUUGCAUUGCAAAAACUGAAUACAAAAGGGUACAGUCCUCUCUAUACUCCAUUUUUUAUGAGAAAAGAGGUGAUGCAGGAAGUUGCCCAGUUGUCUCAGUUUGAUGAAGAGCUAUAUAAAGUUAUAGGAAAAGGUAGUGAAAAGUCAGAAGACAAGGAUGUGGAAGAAAAAUAUUUAAUAGCAACUUCUGAACAACCAAUUGCAGCAUUCCAUAGGGACGAAUGGAUUUCUGAAAACGCUCUGCCCAUCAAGUAUGCUGGGGUCUCAACUUGUUUUAGACAAGAAGUAGGAUCACAUGGACGAGACACGAGAGGCAUUUUUAGGGUACAUCAAUUUGAAAAGGUAGAACAGUUCUGUCUAACGUCGCCUUUUGAUAACAAGUCGUGGGAAAUGUUUGAAGAGAUGAUACUAAACGCUGAAGAGUUCUACCAAGAACUGCAAAUUCCGUAUCGCAUAGUAAACAUAGUUUCAGGAGCUUUAAAUAAUGCAGCAGCUAAAAAGUUUGACCUGGAGGCUUGGUUUCCUGGCUCUGGAGCAUUUAGAGAGCUAGUGUCUUGUUCAAAUUGCCUUGAUUAUCAAGCAAGAAGGUUGCUGGUACGUUAUGGGCAAACUAAGAAAAUGAAUGCAACCACGGACUAUGUACACAUGCUUAAUGCUACCAUGUGUGCAGUUACUAGAACAAUUUGCGCUAUCCUGGAAGUACACCAAACGCAAACUGGAAUCAAAAUACCAGUGGUAUUAAAACAUUACUUGCCUGAAAUAUAUAGGGAAGAAAUUCCUUUUGUUAAACCAGCCCCAAUUGAUGUAGAAAAAGAAUCGAAAAAGACGAAAAAACAGAAGGAAGGAAUAGCCAAGAAAAAAGGUGCAGGAGAAGAAUAAUGUAUAAAUUUCCAUAAUAAUUUAAUUAGAAAAUUGAAGCUUUAAUUUUCUACUUUUGGGCAUUUAUUAAAGUUAUUUAUUUAUUAAAUAAGUUCUGGAAUAUUAUUAAUUUGGUGAAAUUUUUGUACUUUAAUCAGUUUACGGCUUAUCUCACUCAAUUAAAAGCAGUUUUUGCA